UGUAAUUUCAGACACGUUUUACAGAUUGCAGGAAUUCCUCUUCACGAUCAACUUUCUGUCGGCGCUCAAGACAACUCUGUACAAAACCAUGGCUCAAUGAGAAACCAACAUAGUGGCUCGGACCGAGCCGAUCCCACUCAAUUGAAAACAGUGAUUUAGCACGGCAAUUAUACAUCGCCAUCUUGUGGUAUAUUGGGUACACUACAUCUUAACCCUCUGUGUUCAGAGACCGUGUACCUCUCUGCGUUGCGCGCAGUUUAACAUGCAUAAACCUGUAAUGAUUUCUUUAAUCUUGCCUGUUGCAUAUACUUAUGGAUGCUGUCCAAUAGUCCUGUGCUAAAACUGUCAUUCCUAUAGAUUCACCUAGGCUAUAUCACAGACUCGACUGAUAUCUUUAGGCCUAAUUCAAUAACCUGUCCUGUAAUUUUUAUUUUCAAGAUAGCCUAUUAACAUUGGCCCAUUGUAUAUUGAAUAGAAUUGAGACUAUCCAUUCAAUCGUUGGUCGACACUCUAGCCUUCGGUGGUGGCUUAGGCAGAUUCCUAAAUCCCUGCUCAGGUAGGCCUAAGCGGUAUGUCGACGUCACAUUCUUGGGAGUCUAUUGAUGGCCUUGUUUCCACAUAGCGGUUACAGAAAUUAUCUCAUCGUAGGGUAGGCAAUUAUAGCGAGAAUGGCUAGACUACGGUUCACCUGUGCAGUGAUUUUCAUAGCCAUAGCGUCGGUGUCAGCUUACGUGGAUGAGCUUGAUGAUACGUUUAAGGACAUAAGAACAAAUGAAUUGUGGCUGGUGAAGUUCUACGCUCCUUGGUGUGCAUUCUGUAAGACGUUUGCCCCAGUAUGGUAUGAAGUAGGGGAUGAACUGAAGAGCAUGGGUUCUGAUGUGAACGUGGGCAUGAUUGACUGCACCAAACACAAAAGUGUUGGAUCUGAAUUUGGAGUCCGUGGAUAUCCCACAAUUAAACUGUUUAAGGGCGAAAAGAUCUUCAAUUACAAUGGCCCCAGACGGAAGGUUGAUAUAGUUGAAUUUGCCAUCAGAGUAUCAGGACCUGUUGUCCGGGCCAUUCCAAAUCAGCAGAUGUUUCAGCAUGUCAUGAGCCGCAAUGAUAUUCUCUUUGUGUACAUCGGAGGAGCAUCACCUCUCAAGGAAAAGUAUGUGAAAAUGGCCUCCCAGCUCAUUGUGUACCUGUCCUUUUAUUCAGCCUUAGAGACUGUUUUACCUAAGGCCGUGACACUUCCAGAAGUUCCAUCAGUUGUUGUGUUCAAAGAUGGAACAUUCUUCACAUAUAAUGAAGUACAGCAUGGUGACCUUACCACGUGGGUGAACCGGGAGCGUUUUCCUACUUACAUCAAGCUGGACUCUUACACAUUGUAUGCAAUGGGAGAUACAGGAAAACUUGUGGUGAUAGCUGUUGAAGAUGAGAAGCACCCAUCUGAAGAAAGCAUUCGCCUCAAGGCCCUGAUUGAAACUGCUGCAACGGAAUAUAAAGAUCAUUUCAGCAGUGACUACCAGUUUGGUCACAUGGAGGAAAACAGCUACCUGAAUGGCCUAGUUCUGGGUGAAGUGAAGGCACCCUGCAUCAUAGUGCUGAACCUGUCCAAUGAUGGAUACUAUACGCCCAAGGUGCCAGUGAAGACCAUAGAUGAUCUGCUUUCAUUCUUAGAUGGUAUCCUGGAUGGCAAGGUUAAGCAACUUGGAGGAAAUGGAGCUGUGCAACGCAUCAAAAGAGCCGUGACGGAUGCAAAGACGACCCUGAAAACCAUGUAUGAUGCCGCUCCGGUCUGGACGUGUGUGAUUAUCAGCAUCCCCGUGGGGAUCGUUGGCAUGAUCAUAUAUGCCACAUGCACUGUAAAGCGCGUCAACGGUGAUGAGGAGGAGGAGGAGGAGGAGCCGCAGCAGAAAGGGAGGAAGGCCAUCGCAGGGAAAGAGAACAAGAGAAAGAACUCGGGUUCUAAGAAGGAGGAUUAGCACAUUGUCAUUGGAGAAUAAUGUCGGGAUGAAAUGACCAAACACAACCAUGUGUACUCGAAAAAUCUACUUAUUCUUAAACAAUGUGGUUGUUUUAUGUCAAUGAAAAAUAUUUUGGAUCUCAAUUUCUUUUGUUCAUUUCUAAGUUUUAUGGGGGAAAAAUAUCUUGGAAUUGGUAUCGUCUUCUCUCAGCAGAUGUAUUUGAUAAAUACUUGUAUAAUGCAAGACAUAUUUGAA